AUGUGUGUGCCUCCGGUGCACGCUUGCGCCGUCCUGCUGAAGCGCUCGCUCGCCAGAGUUUCGCGAAAGACAUUGGAUCUCUGGAUCAGGGUGCUGGGGGCAGCCUCGAAAGGCGGCAGCUUCUCCCGCCGCCCGGGCCUGCCGCCUGAGGCGUUAGUCGACUCGGAGAUGCUCGAGCGCUCCUUCGCCGAGCUGGACGCGUGGGAUGAGUGGUUGGAGAACGUUGACGCCUUUCAUCCACAGUUCAUGCGCUUCCCGCCAUUUGUCGUGGUCUCCUACGCUUGGGGAAAGGGAACGAACGCUCCUCGUCCUUCGCGUGCCGCGCACGCUUGCGAUUGCGACGUGGCCAAGCUUGACUCCGGCCUGGCGGCCGUGCAGUGCAUGUUCGCGGAGAAGGGCGACUGGGAGUUUCGGGCCAAUGCGGACGCUGCCUUGAAGCGCGAGCUCUCCCCGGAUGCGUACGCCGCGCUUCUCGCCUUUUGGACGCGGGAUCGCGUCGCCGAGGCUCCUUUCUAUCUCGCCAUCGACCCGGGCUCCUCCGCCGACUCCCACCUCGGCUUUGCACGCUUCUACUCCACCGGCGGUUUCGUCUCCCGCAUCGCGAGGCCGGCUGGCUCGAUCUCUCGAGGGCAGGGCCAGGGGGUGGCGAGGGUAGGCAUGUGGCGUUCUGUGUAA